AGUAAGUCUGGUAAGUCGAGAAUUUAACAAUAUUGUUUUAAAUAAUUAAUUUUUUUCUCAGCCAAAUAAUUUCAGUAACCCGAAAAAACUUCCGAACAUACACAUCGAAGUGUCCUCUAUAAACCGGGAAGGCUUGACGAAAAAGUUCAAAACUUGAAAGUAUCGCUGGUUUUGGGCUCAGCGAAGAUUUUUUCACUCCAUCUUACGGCUAGUUUCGCUCGAAGUAAGCAUUUUGAAGCAAAACUCUGGAUAUAAAAGUUGUUCAGAAUCGAAUUCCGGAGUCCCUCACGAGAGCCUUUUUUAAAAUUUUCUGUUUUUGGUUUUUAAAGUAAAUUUUACAGUUUUUAAAAUUUUAAAAUUUCAUAUUUUUCAAUUUAAAAAGCAAAAAAUGAAAAUUUUAAAAAAAGCUCUCGUGAGGGACUCCGGAAUUCGAUUCUGAACAACUUUUAUAUCCAGAGUUUUGCUUCAAAAUGCUUACUACGAGCGAAACUAGCCAUAAGGGUUUUUCAAAAUACUUUUAGCUGUAAAAUUUCCUCGGGAAGGUGAAAAUUAAAUUUCUCCGUCAAACUUCAUUUGACAACGAUGUAAAGUUUUUCUCCUUAUACAAGUCAAUGUUCUCUAUCGACCUACGCCAUACUCAACUCCUCAUAUCAAAAGCUGAAGUUUUUAUUGAAAUUUUAAAAAUAAGGCAGAAAACCCGAAAAAACUUCAACAUUUUUUUAAUCAAAAACUACAAAUCCGGGAACUGAAAGUUUUGUUGAGACGUAUACUCUGAAGUGUCCGCUACAAACUGGUAAAAAAAAAGGGAGGGAGGACCCCUUUCAAAUUUUCUUAAUAACUUACCAAAAAACUAUCAUUACCGAUGCUCCCAGCGCUAUCAAAACGUUCGGUGCCAUCAGUAUGGUUUCAAAUUGGUACCGACAGCUCUGAUACUGUAAUGUACGCAAAAAGUAAACAAGUUGUACAUAUGUGCUUUGAUUUGAAAAACAAGAUGUGCGUGUAUACUCAGCAAAAAAUUCUCAUUAGAAGCACUGCAGCUAAGUGCUAACCAGUUUCAUCAGAACGGGAUAAAAUUCGACAUUCUUUCAAAGAUAAUAGAACGAUAACAGAACGAUACAGAAACAUGUCCGUAGAAAUUCGAUCAUCCACUUUUUGAUUGAGGAAAAUAAAUUCAAGAAAAUCCGUAAUAUAAUGAAUAACCGGUGCACACAACAGUUAGAGUGUAGUGAAUAUCCAAUAUUUAUCAUUGAUUGUCUAUUGGGUUUUAACAUAAACUAAUCUUAAUUGAUUCAUUUGAUAUGGUUGCAACAGCAGUUUUGAACAAGCAAAAAGAAUGUGUAUUGUUUUCUAAUACUCAUAUUUCAAGAUACAAUAUCGUCGUAUCUUUUACGUGAAAGAGGUCACUGGUUGGAACUAAUGCGAAAAGAACUUUUGUGAUUUGUGAUAUUCCAUAGGCCAAUUAAGAUUAAGCAUAAUAAUACUUUAAUCAAUCAAGCAGCGUAGUAUUCUAUUGAAUAUGUUAAACAAAAGAUCUGAUGAGUCAUUCGCUGAAUAUCAGCUGGUCUCAUUGUCUUCCAACCUUCAGGUCUUUUAUGCGUCCGAUAACAAUAUCGAUCAUACAAAUGAGUUUUAUCUCAGAGUAUUCUUGCAGAUGCAAUUAGACAGCUAAAAUGAACUUUCCAGUAUAACGUGUGGUGCAGUUAUGUUUGUAGCGAAGCAGUAAUGUAUCAAAUCACGCUGCGUCUCGAAUUUUUUUCUGUUCUCCCAUACUCGAUUUUCAUUGCUAGAUUUUUCACAUCUGAAUGGUUUUCUAUCACUAAAAUCUAUAGACUGCUGAAAAAAUCUGUCUUAAUUCGUGCACGUUUGUUGUAUUGGAAAAAAUACAAUUCGUCGGAUAAUAUUAGAAAAUUUGGUUUAGAGAACUUUAGGUAUAAAUUCAAGUUCCUAGAUGUAUAUUUUCCUUUUUUCUGGAUUCUUGCUAUUCUGACAACAGAAAUAUUCUUGUGUAAACAAAAAUCUUUUUUGAAUGACGUGUACAUGCUAGUUCGUUGCAAACGAAUAAUUCAUUGUUUGAUCAUGAAAAAUGCUUUCUUUUGUCAUUCUAGAUGAGCGAACGAGAUGACUUGAGUGAAUUAGUGGCAAGUGCAAAAAGUGCUUGUAAAUGUCAGUUGUUCACGUUUAAUGGAAAAGUUCGUUAUGGAAUCAAAGCGGAGAAACUGGAUGAUCGUCUGUUAUGUAUGGAUACCGUACAUGUUUACAUCAUCUCGGUGAAAAUACCUGUCAAAAUUGAAUGCGGUUUUAAUAUUUUGGCAAUAAAAAGAAUUGGUCGACCAGCUGAAUCACACAUUAUAAUCGAAACAGAUGAUGAAAAAAAGCAUAUUUUAUAUUCUCAUAAUGAAAAAUCAAAUUUACAAUUAUUUCUAAUCACAUUAAUUCGUGCUUAUCGUUUUAUUUAUUCCGAUUUAUUGCCGAUCAAUUUGGACAUUUAUCCUGAUUCGGAACGUAAAGAAUUAAUUCGUCAAGCAAAUGACCUAUUUUCCGCUUCAAGUGUCGGCGAUUUUCGCCCGUGUGGUGGAUACUCGUCGAUGUAUAUUUGCUUAUGUGAUCACUAUGGAAUACAUCAAGAACAAACAGUAAUAGAGAUUGUUGAAACAAUAUUCGCUCAAAGAGCAUCAAGAGAAUUUACAUUCAAAGAAUUUGAACAGAUAUCACAAAAAGAGUGGAGACCAAUUAUCGGUGCUUUAACAUACAACAAUUGGUUUAAAAAAUUAACAAUAGAAAAUAUCAAAUUAAGUGGUGAUUCACUUAAUGAACUUGUUACAGUUCUCCGUUUAUCAGAAUCUAUAAAAGAAGUUCGUCUUAUCAAUUGUAGCCUUCGAAAUGAUUUCAUCUCCAAAUUAUCUCAGUUUUUUCCUCAAACUAAAUUUGAACAUCUAGAUCUUUCACAUAAUCCAAUCGAAGAUAAAAGUCUUAUUCAGUUAACUGAAAAAUUACAACAGCGAAAAACUCCAUUAAUAACAUUAAACUUGGUGUCGUGUAACUUAACCCAAAAAAGUGUUCAUGUAUUUAAUACAGCAUUAUCAAAUAAUUUAUAUUUAUCACGUUCAUUAACAUCGAUUAACUUAUCUUGCAAUAAACUCAAAGAAGAAACAGAUAUUACAGUUUUAUUUAAUAAUGAGAAUAACAUUGAAGAAUUGCAAUUAGGCGAUAACGACUUAAUUAUAGAAAAUUUAUUCCAUGCAUUAUCAACAGUUCAGACAUCAAAACUUCGUCGUUUAUCUGUAGUUAAUUCUGUUGCAAAAUCAACAUCAACAACAUCGACAUCUUCAAGUGGAUUCGUCAAAACAUUCUUUCAAAAAACAACUAAUUUACAAAUUUUACAAUUAAUCAAUACUGAUCUGUCCAAUGAAUUUCUACGAGAAGUUUGUGACGGUUUACAUUCCAAUAUUGAUUUGAAAAAAAUUGAUUUGCGUUUAAGUGGAAAUAAUUUAGAAACGUUUAUACAUGAUUAUGCAGCCAGAUUUGCAAGCAUUCCAAGUUUAGUUACACUUGAAUUAACAAAUUGUGAGUUAAACAAUGAACUAUCAAAUUUUCUUGCUGAAUUAAAGAAAAAUCGUAAAUUAAAGUCGUUACAUAUCGGAAAAAAUUUUAAUAAUAUAAAAUCGAAAAAUUAUCCAAAAACAAUUCAUGCAAUCAAAGAACUACUAACCGAUACUACUUUAGAAUCAUUUUAUAUUCCUGAUUCAAAAUUACGCGACUCAUAUACCGGUGAAUUACUUUCUGCUCUUAUAAAUAGUCCACCAUUAAAAUUGCUCGAUAUUCGUGGUAAUCAGAUGCUUGAGCAUGGUGUUCGAAUGCUUACUCAUGUUUUAAAAUUGAAUCGUCAUUUACAUACAGUUUAUUUUGAUAGAAAUUCUAUUUCGUUAAAUGGUUUUGAAGAGAUAGUGAAUGCAAUGGAAUGUAACAAUGUGAUUUGUUAUUUACCUGUACCUGUCAACGAUAUUAUAGCGAUGAAAAUUAAUGAAAAAGAUAAUAGAAUAUCGUCUCUGAUGAAUAAGCUCGAUGCGAUUUGUAUGCGUAAUCAAAAUUCAUCACAAAAUUCUUCAGAUGCUUUACAGAUCGUAGCUUUAGCUGGUACAAGUAGAGAAGCACAGACUUGUUGGGAAAAUCAACAACAAUUGUGCGGGGAUUUUGCGUCAAUGGAAUAUGCAAAUUUACAUGGUGCAUUAAAUCGUCCAUCUCUAAAUGAUUUGCGUACAACUUUAACAAAAAAUGGAAGAAUAGCUAAAAUAUCAUCUCAGUUAUUUGAGUACUAUAUUGAUGAAGAAAAACAACUGCAAAAUGAAUGUGAAAAAAUUUGUUUAUCAUUACAAAAAACAGUAAUAGAACAUCAUGAGCGUUUAUCAAAAAAAUUUUAUCAAAUAUUUAAAGAUCAAACAUCGUUUAAUUAUGACGAUAAAUUUCAAGAACAAAUUCGUACAUAUUUUCAAAAUUCUAAUGAUACAACGGAACGUUUACUAAAAACAGAAUUAAAUGAUAAAUUAUCAACAGGUCUACGUGAAUGUUACAUCAGUGUAGCAACAUGUUUACAAAAACGGGCUUAUGAUACUGCAAAUGAAACAGUAACGGAAAUGCGUAAGGCUAUGGAAGCUGCAACAUUUCAAACAAGGCAAAAUGUUACCAACAAUAACAAUCAAAAUCAUCCAAAUUAUAUAGCUAUUGAUAAUUUGCUAGCACGUAAUGCUAUGUUUCAACGAAUGGGAGAUGCUUCUAAUAUUGUUAAUCAAGAUAAUCCUUCUCCUUCUCAACGAAUUAAAAAGGCUGAUUCGAUUGAAUCCUUAGAUGUAACAAAAGCCAAACGCGCAGUCACUCAUGUACAGCCAGAUGUAACUAAUACGACCGAUUUGGGUAGUGAUCAGCGUUCAAAUUCUAAUUCUAAUGUAUCAUCAUCGUCUCCAAAAAUGAAUGCCUGGAGAAAAGCGAUAGCUGGUAACAAUGGUGAAAAAACAGAACAAUCUCUCCCAGCUACCGAUCCUAUUUAUGGAAAUGUGAUUAAUUAUGGUACAAAGCAAAAUCAACAAUCAGGUUCCACCAUUGAUGAUGAUGGCGGUAUUAUUGAACAUGAUCUCCUAGCUUUAGUCGCCAAAGAACAAGAGAAAGAUGUGACAUUAAAAAGUCCUGAAAAACGAAAAAAACAGUAUGAAUCACCGCCAGCAUUACCAAAAAAAGAAGGCAUUUCUGCAAAGCGAGCUCCAGUUCCAACUCCAAUAACAUCAACAACUAAUUUAGAUGUUGAAAUUGAAUCGACGCAGAAAUUAGCUCACACUACAAAAGAUCGUCCUCGCAGACAAAACGUUCGGCGGCCAGCUAAACGUUCUACUAACGGUACCACCAAAGGCAACGAAAGUUCAUCUGAUGGUUUAAUAACUGAUGACGACGAGAGUGCACUGAUGAACGAGUCAUCCAAUUUAGUCGUACAACAAAGUGAACCAACGCCUCCAUUGCCAGAAGCAACGGUUAUUACUGAGCCACCAAAUGCAAAAUUAAAAUCUGCACUUAGAACAACAUCACGUGAUAAACCAGAUGAAUUAAAACAGUCUCAGCCAACACAGCCACCACCAUCACAAGCUGUUCAAAUCCGACCAUCAUUACCCACUGGUUCGAUUGGAUCUGCAAACAAGAAGGAUAAUAGUGACCAUGCACUAUCACCAGUGGGUUCUGCUUUGUCAAGUACAGGCAAUGCAUCAUUAACAACGGCAACAAAUUCAACAUUAAUGUCAACUUCUCUGAUUAACAGUGAUUCAAUAAGAGGGUUGUCUUCAGAUAACGAUAAUGAACAAAUGAUACGUUCCGCUCAUGGGGGUUUGUCAUUAGUCGAUGAAAAUAUAUCGUCGGAAGUGUCAUCUCCUCGUCCUUCUAUUCUUGCUCGAUCAAAACUUCCACCUGGUGCUCCUCGUGUAUUACCAUCAGAUACCGAUGUCCCACCGGUUCGUUUAAGACAUAUUCAAGCAGAAAAAAAAACUUCGCUAACUGCCUCGCCCUCAGUAUCAACUCAACUACAAAAUCCUUCAGUACCAGACGAAUUAAAGAAAAAUGAAUCACCCGAUAUCAAUAAUGAACAGUACAAACGUUUAUCAGUAAAAGAACGUGCAAAAUUAUUAACGACAAACACUAGUAGUAAUAAUAAUAAUAACAAUUCAACAGCACCUGUUGAUACGAAAAGACAAAAUUCGUCAACGUCAUCAACUGAAUAUACGUUUGUUGCAAAAGCAGCUGGAUACUUGAGGAGUUCUCUCGUAAGAAAACAAAAGAUUACAGUAUCGUAUAUAUCUAGGAUUGAAAUAAUGUCUCAUACAAUUCUUUUGAUCCAGCCGACAAGUGAUCCUCUAACGCGAACCUAUUCAGAUUAUGAAAGUCAAGAUUUAUGUUUUGAAAUAAUAAUUAAAAUGUUUGAAGAACAUUUAUUAAAAUAUCGUUCGUCUACAUCUUCUCAACUAUCAAUAGUUUAUCAUUUUAAUGACUUAUCAUUAUUUAUUGAUUCAAUUCAAGAUUUGUCAUUAUUUAUAUAUAAACCAUUAACAGCCACAUAUGAACAACAUGAUAAAGUAUCGUUGAAAAAAAUAUUAUAUGCUUAUUUAAAAAAACAAGGUCAACAAAAUGAUGCUUCUGAUUAA